CUCGCUCAAUUCCACGACUACAGCACAUCACCCCUCGAAAUACUUGAAUUCUUCAAAAUGAGCACCCCGAUGCCCCUUGAGGGUCGAGGCCUGGCUAUCUUUGUCACAUCGGUCGUUUUGAUGAUCAUAUCGAUUGUGACAGUUUCAUUAAGAUGCUUUGUUCGUUCAGUCAUUGUCCGGGCCUUUGGUUGGGAUGAUAUCCUCAUGCUCGUUGCACUGGCACUAUUUAUUGUACUGGCAAUAUGCUGCAUGAUCGGAGCAGCGUAUGGAGUUGGUCAUACAAACUUAAAAUUCAUAGAGCUCGCAAACACUAAAGUCCUCGAGACAGCACUUAUGUGGUGGUGGCUUAGUCAAGUCUUCUACAUCUGGGCCUCUGGCUUCGCUAAAGUCUCAAUCGCCGCUGCACUGCUUCGAUUGGCAGUGAAGAAGGUGCAUCGCAUGAUUCUUUGGGGUAUAGUCGCUCUGACCAUUGUCAUCGGUCUUAUGUUUUGGCUCGUUCUACUAUUUGAAUGUCACCCAAUCUCCUUUUUCUGGACUCAGGCGGAUGGAAAGCAUACUGGGAGCUGUUUGCCAGUGAAGACAUUGCUUGAUGUCGCAUAUGUCUACAGUGCUUUCACAGUCGUAUGCGAUCUCACUCUUGGCAUUUUACCAUGCUUUUUGGUUUGGAAACUACAGAUGAAUCACAAGACAAAGACAGCUGUAGGCGGUAUUCUCAGUCUGGGAGCUAUUGCGAGUGUAGCUGUCAUCAUCCGAAUACCAUUCCUUCAUCACUAUGCCGACACGAAUUUUCUUUACUCCACUUAUCAAAUCGCCAUCUGGACUAUCAUCGAAACCGGCCUUGGAAUCACCGCUGGCAGCCUCAUUACCCUUCGACCUCUUUUCCGCUGGCUCCUUGAUGGAAGUUUGUCCUACGGCCGGAAUGGACAUACCCCGGAGAGAACCUCAGGACGGUAUCGUCUCUCUAGCUUCAGGCAUGAUGGCGCGAAAAAAUCUCAAGAUCUCAACCUUUGGCGCCCAGACACCGACGCCAAUACCAAGACUCUGGUGGAAAUCGCAUCCUCCCCUGGGUUCCAGCUAUCAAGCGAUGCCAACAGCAGCCAGGAAGCUUUGAACCCCGGGCCGAAUUCAUCGAGUCAACAGAAUGAAGGUGUCACUGUCGAGCGUAGCUUUGUGCAGGUGAUCUCAGAGCGAGAACCAUAG